AUGUCUAUCAACGUUAUCAAGGAUCAGUCUGAUGCUAAGCUGGACAUUGUGUUUGUCCAUGGCUUGAAGGCCGACCAAAAACACUGGACGACCGAGAAAUCUGUGUUCUGGCCGGAAAAAAUCCUUCCCGGACAAAUAUCGAAUGCGCGCAUUUUGGCUUUCGAAUAUGAGGAUGCGGAGGUGGAUUCAUUUUGGAACGAGGAGGAUUUGAUCUCUGAUAUUUCAGAUGACCUUCUCAGCGAGCUCAUGGCAGAGCGGCGCGGUGACAAGGCUGAACGCCCUGUUGUAUUCAUUGCACACUGCCUAGGUGGCUUAGUUUGCGAGAAUGCCCUCAUUAGAGGGGCAAAUCACGAGAAGAAGAAACAGCUUGUCAACUCCGUUGUGGGAGUUCUACUCCUCGGAACCCCACAUUUCCACCCCGGAACGAUCAACGAAGCAACAAAGUUUUUCCAACUUGCAAACCAAGAAGUCCCAAGCGACUCCGACCUACAAGAAAAGUCUAAAUUUGUUCUAACGAUCCCUCAAGAAUUUGCAAAAUUCAGACAGGGAGCUCCACUGAAGCUGGAAACGUUUUAUGAGGGAUCGCCUACAAAAGUCAAUGGUGGAGAGGUGAAGAUCGUGGAUCUAGCUGUGGCCAAGUUCACCGAUGAUUCCCCCCUACUCGACUGGCAGGAAAUCAUCACCAGAUGA